AUAAAAAUAGCUACACGCGAUAAUGCCGCGAGUUUUAUCAACUAUUAGUAACGUUAUUAUCCAUUACUCAUCUCGUAGUCGCUAGCAAAACACCGACUACUGCUCGCUUGUCAUAAGCAAUCAUCUCUUAUGUCCGUAGUGCACUCCGCAUGAUUGCUUGUUGUCUAUAUUUCCGAUCCCAUUCGCCAUCCACCUUCCCUCCCUUGGAAGAAUGAGUCACUUACUAAUGAAGGGUCCGGACUGUGGAGCCACUGCUCGCAGCUGUUGCCUUUGUCCCGGCCUUUUCUGAAGGGGGUCAGGGCUAGCUAGCCCUUUAGGCGAACAAAUUCUGCUACAUAAAACUCAGCAACGUUUGACGUCCAGGAAAAACUAUUCCGACCAAAUUAAGAUGCAUUAAUUGUCCAUCGAGCGAGCAUCAUGGAGCAUCGAUUAGCCAUCACGACGUUCUGUGUCGAGAUUGAUGCCAGUUUCUAAUUUAUUUGGAAAUAACCUCGAAUCAUGAAUCCCCCAGGUCAACCUCCGACGAGCCACGGUGAAAUGAUGAGCAUGAUGGGGCACCAUGCCACCAUGGGAAUGAGCCCUCUUCAACCUCAUCAGCAACAGACCCAUCAUCAUCAGUCUCCUCAUAUGGCAAAUGCCGGUAUUCGUUGUUGUGCUGGCUGCGGAGUAAAAAUAUUAGAUCGUUUUUUGCUUCAUGCAUUGGACCGUUAUUGGCACAAUGGUUGUCUCAAGUGUUCUUGCUGUCAAGCGACGCUGGCAGAUAUAGGAAGUUCGUGUUUUACAAAAGCAGGAAUGAUAUUGUGCAAAACAGAUUAUAUCAGGUUAUUCGGCACUAGCGGCUCCUGCAGUGCUUGUGGACAAAUGAUCCCAGCCAGCGAAUUUGUCAUGAGAGCUCAGAACAACGUUUAUCACCUGAAAUGCUUCGCAUGUGUCAAGUGUCACAAUCAGUUGGUACCAGGUGACCGGUACAAUUUGGUUAACGGCAACGUCCUUUGCGAACAGGACUGUAUGAAGAUGUUGAAAGGGACGGUAAGUCCUGCAGGAGUUAGGAAAAACGGCAAAAUGCGACUCAACUCAGCCAUCAAAGUCUGAACUGCUUCGCCUCGACCUUCCUUCUUUGGGCCUGCUAUUUCCGUUUAUAUAAUUUUUCUCCCGUAGCAAUCCUCUAAAAAUAUAUUGGAAGUAAUUCAGGACUUGUGACGAAUGUGUAUGCUAUGCAUGAAUGCAUUGUUGAACUAAACAAACUGAUCAAAGACAAUUGAACAAUUCAUAAUUUCAAUAACCGCAUCCGAACCAUCAACGUCGAUAUUUAAAAAAAAAAGUUGAAAAUCCACAGUCUGUCCAUGUUUUUGACCUGUUAUGGGAUAAGGUCAUAGUUGACGAACUUCUGUUAAGGACGUUCUUUGCGGUUCUCUUGUACUACCUAACAAUACUUAGGAAAAAAAAGCAAUAACUGUUCCUCUCUUUACAUCCCCGGACUAGGGACAGUAAUUACGAGUUUAUGUUGUACUACACUUUUACGUUAAGAUACCGUAAGUGAUCCUCUUCUUUUUUUGAAACGCGACAAAUUUUGUGCCAUCACCACAAGGAGAAAAGAGAAAAAAACCACACACAAAUACACAUAACAAAUACACAUUGCACCGUCUUCAACUAGCCAUGUACGGUGGCCAUGUUUUGUGGCUAAAACUGUACCUUUACAAUCUUAUUGGUUCUUUAUGUGAUUUCGCCUUCUGGUGGUCAUUAGAAACAACUCGAAGAGGUUCUUUCUUUUUUAUUUUAUCACUACAUACGAGAUUGUAGUAUAGAAAUAUGCUCACAUGCGAUGAGGUACUUAUUAAAAAAAAACAAACCGGUGAAACCGUACAAGGAUUUUUUUGCCCAAAAGCAGGUCCAUUUCGCGAAUUUCAUUCUUGAAUAUAUUACUUAGACGCGAAAUUGCCCUGUCGAACAUUCUGUCCACCAAAAGGCGAGCCUCACCCUAAGAACUAAUCAAAUCUGACUGAUGUAGUAAAGGGAAUGUACUUAAAAUGGUGUGAUUGUCUGUUUAAUUAUAGUAAUAAAGCUUUAUUUCAAUCGAUCCUAA